AUGAUUAUCCUUUUAUCAACGCAACCUGAGAGAAGAAUUGCGAUAGUUUCAGAUUCGUUUGCCCUGAUCUUGAAAUCAGUGGGUGAAAAACAAUCCAAGAGACCCAGAUGUGCUAUAGAAUUGGUGCCAAAGAAUGACCUGGACAAUCAUGGUUUCAAAAAGCUUUCUCUGCGUGAGAUAUAUGGGUUUGUGGGACUAAUUGAGAUUGAUGGGCUAAUUUUCAUUGGUACAAUAACGGGAAAGUCUAAGGUCGCCCAGCCGAUUCCAGGGGAAACUGUGAAUAAAAUCUUCGCUGUUGAUUUCUUUUGUCUAAAUGAUUCUCGUUGGGAUUUUGUAGAAAUUGACGCAUCAGGCUAUCCAGUAGUCUCAGACAACGACACUCAAGACUAUCAGGAGUCUUCACCACGUCAUCCAUGUUAUGAGUUAAGAAAACUAUUAUCCAAUGGAUCUUUUUACUACAGUUCAGAUUUUGAUCUGACCUCCACUUUACAGCAUCGUGGCUUUAGUGAUUACUCCCUAAGCGUUGAUAAUUUUCAGGAGGAAUAUAUGUGGAACUCUUUUUUAAUGCAAGAGAUCAUUACGUAUAGAGAUAGAUUGGACGGCGAUGCCAAACAAACAUUAGAUGAACAAGGUUUCUUGACCACUGUUAUUCGUGGAUUCGCAGAAACUUUUGUGACAUAUAUCAAGAAGCUUAAAGUCGGGCUAACAGUUAUUUCAAAGCAAAGCUGGAAAAGAGCUGGGACAAGAUUUAAUGCUCGCGGCGUUGAUGAUGAAGGUAAUGUAGCUAAUUUUGUCGAAACAGAAUUAAUUAUGUACUCAUCCCAAUAUUGCUAUGCUUUCAAUCAAAUAAGAGGUAGUAUUCCUGUGUUUUGGGAGCAAGAUACGUCAUUAAUCAAUCCAAAGGUACAGAUAACAAGGUCUUUAGAGGCAACUCAACCCAUUUUUGAUGAGCAUUUUAUGAAUUUGAUUAAUGAAUACGGUCCUGUACACAUAGUCAAUCUACUAUCGACAAAAUCUGCAGAAAUAGAGUUAUCGCAGAGAUAUAAAGAGCAUUUAAAGAAGUCCAAAAAGUUAAAGCUUGGUGAAGAUGUUUUCCUAACGGAAUUCGAUUUUCACAGAGAGACCGCUCAGGAAGGCUUUUCAGCUGUAGAGAAGGUCAUUCCAAAAAUUUUAGAUUCUCUUUUGGUGUCCGGAUACUUCUCCUAUGAUGUGAAAGAAAAAAAGGUUAUUUCUGAACAACAAGGGAUUUUCAGAACAAAUUGUUUGGAUUGCUUGGAUAGAACAAAUCUAGUUCAGCAAACAAUUUCCAUUGCUGCUUUCAAAACAUUCCUGGAAGAUUUCCAUCUAGCGUCCGCAAGCUCAUCUAAUGAUUCUGAUGAUUAUAUUGUGAAACAUAACAAUCUUUGGGCUGAUCAUGGGGAUCAAAUUUCGCAAAUAUACACUGGUACCAAUGCCUUGAAAUCGUCGUUUUCAAGAAAGGGUAAAAUGUCAUUUGCUGGGGCACUGUCUGAUGCAACAAAAUCCGUGAGUAGGAUGUACAUCAAUAACUUUAUGGACAAAGGUAAACAGCAAAAUAUCGAUACUCUUUUGGGUAGAUUGCCCCACCAACAGUGUGUUCAGCUAUACGAUCCAAUUAAUGAGUAUGUUACAACCAAACUGGAAGAAAUAUUCGAUGAAUUCACUUCUCAUUCGACUAUAAACCUUUUAGUUGGCACUUUCAAUGUCAAUGGUACUUCAAGGCAAUCGGAUCUGUCGAAAUGGCUGUUUCCUAUCGGAGACAAGUUCAAGCCUGACUUCGUCGUCUUGGGGUUGCAAGAGGUUAUAGAACUAACGGCGGGCUCCAUAUUAAAUGCAGACUAUUCAAAGAGUUCCUUUUGGGAAAGUAUGGUUGGGAAAUGUCUGAAUCAAUACGAGGAAAAGUACAUCUUGCUAAGAGCUGAGCAAAUGUCUUCUCUUUUGAUAUUGUUUUUUGUGAGAUCUGAUAAGGCACAACUUGUCAAGAAAGUAGAAGGUGCCUCCAAAAAGACCGGGUUUGGAGGAAUUACAGGUAAUAAGGGUGCAGUUGCCAUUAGGUUUGAAUACGGCGUAACCUCCUUUUGCUUCGUCAAUGCACACCUUGCGGCUGGAUCUGGAAGUAUAGACGAGCGCCGUAAUGACUAUGAGAGCAUCGUCAAAAGUAUAUGCUUCACGCGCUCGAAGACAAUACCUCAUCAUGACUCUAUAUUUUGGCUGGGGGAUUUAAAUUAUAGAAUACAGUUACCGAACGAGGAAGUUAGAAGUGAACUUUUGAAUCAAAAUGACGGUUACAUUGAAAAACUGCUAAGGUAUGAUCAAUUGACUCAGGAGAUUAACUCUGGCGUCAUUUUUCAAGAGUUUAAAGAACCAACUCUAAAAUUCCGUCCAACCUAUAAGUAUGAUUACGGUACCGAUACUUACGACACCUCAGAAAAAGCAAGGACACCCUCUUGGACCGAUAGAAUUGUUUACAAGGGUGAUAAUCUGCACCCUCUAGCUUAUUCAGAUGCUCCGCUGAUGAUGAGCGAUCAUAAGCCCGUAUACGCUGCUUACAGAGCUAAAGUGACAUAUGUGGAUGAAGCUAUUAAACUUGAUUUGACAAAGCGUUUAUAUAAUGACUAUAAAGCUGCACAUCCUGAAGAGUUAGAGAAAAAUGGAAGAAGUUUAAUGGAGGCCGAUCUCAGUGGACAGAACACCAACCAGAAAUUGCGAAAAUUCGAGCCUGCUUCAACUGCUAUCUUGCUAGACCUUCCAAAUUCAUCAGCAAGCUUGAAUACAUCAGUUUCGUCGUCUUCGUCUUCGUCUCUAUCGUCCGUAUUGUUACAACCUGCCGCUCGCAAAGAGAAUAGCCCGCCAAUAGACGGAUAUGGAAAAGCUAAGUUAAGAGCACCUCCUCCACCCGCUCCUAGGUCAUCAACUGCAAGCCUCACAAAAGUCAGUGAUAUUUCGCCAGAAGUAAGCUCUUAUCUCCCACGAAAAUCAUAUACAACUGCAGUCACGUCAAGAUCGACCCCACCACCUGUGCCACAGGCCAGAAAGCCUGUGCCGCCUGGUUUCAAUGAAGUGAUUAUGACUCCCAAGAAUAACUCAAGUAGAUCUGUCUCAGCUGCUAAUUCUAAGGCUGGGUCCCCUGCUGCUGAAGGGGUCAAUUCAUCUUGUAUGGCAGUGCCAACCUCUUCCUCUACGAUAACUUCAGCGAAUCAAUCGACGCGAAUUAAAGAAGACAAAUUGUCGCAUAGUGAACCUAAAGUUUCCAUCUCACCGAAAAGAAAGGUUCCUCCUAUGAGACCUGCCAAAAAGCCAGAAUUAGAGAAUUUAAGUCUGGAUUCUUGGAAACCACUUACGCCAAAGUAA